CUAACGCCAGUAGUCGGAUUGAAAUCAGCUGGAGGCUAAUACUGUACCUCCAGCUACACGCGCUGUUACUUUAGCUAUAAUAUUGUUCAUUUAUCUGUUUUCUAGUUUAUACUGGAUUUAUUGUUAUUUAAAAUGUGUUUUAGAUUUACCUCAAAAUGUGUAAUGUUCCACUGGUGUAACAAAAAGGGCGGAUGGUCAGUUAGCUAGCCCUGCAGGCUAGUAGCUACUCAAGCGGGUGGAGCGACUACUUUUGCAAUAAUUAACUGCCGCUUUCGGUAACUCAAGCCAUGUUGAACGUAGCUGAUUACAACUGACCUGUAUAAGCACAAGCACCAACACAGUGAUCUGUUAAAUCUGAUGUGUUAAAAACUAAUUCUCCUGCCACACACUAAUCACAUUGGCCCCUAAAUCAAGGAAACAGAAACAUGUUAUUGUUGUCUCAUCUGGAUAAUGAAUAUAGCAUUUAAGCAGACUAGGAAGCUUAGGGUCUAUUGUGUCUUCUAGAGAUUGGCUGGAGGACACCGAAGUCUUAGAACAACAAGAAGGAACAAGCAAGAUGCCUUGAGAAUGUGUUGUCAGAUUUCCCAGAAAGCAGUUGUGCUAAUCGGAGACUCUGGAGUGGGUAAAAGUAACCUGCUGUCCCGCUUCACAAGGAAUGAAUUCAACCUGGAGAGCAAGAGCACCAUCGGGGUGGAGUUCGCCACGCGAAGCAUCCAGGUGGACGGCAAGACGAUAAAGGCUCAAAUCUGGGACACAGCUGGACAGGAGCGCUACAGAGCAAUCACCUCAGCAUAUUACAGGGGUGCAGUCGGGGCUCUCCUGGUUUAUGACAUAGCCAAGCAUCUGACAUAUGAGAAUGUUGAACGCUGGUUGAAGGAGCUGAGGGACCAUGCUGACAACAACAUUGUCAUCAUGCUUGUUGGGAACAAGAGUGACCUUCGUCACCUCAGGGCCGUGCCCACUGAUGAGGCUCGAGCCUUUGCAGAAAAGAACACACUCUCAUUUAUUGAGACAUCGGCAUUGGACUCUACAAAUGUCGAAGAAGCCUUCAAGAACAUUUUAACAGAAAUCUACCGCAUUGUAUCACAGAAGCAAAUAGCAGACCGAUCAGCACACGAUGAGUCUCCGGGAAACAAUGUUGUGGACAUAAGUGUCCCACCAACCACCGACGGGCAGAGAGGCAACAAGCUGCAGUGCUGCCAGAGUCUGUGACGCUCAGCCCCUUGGCACAUCUCAACGCCUGUGCACUUUCUGUUCCGUAGCUCUGCUCACGGCCAGCUCCCUCAUCACUCUGUCCUAGAUUUUUCUUCUGACCUUUCAUUCUGUUUUAUAGAAUUCAAACUCACCUGUGCUCUUCUUUUCUGCCAUGAACAAAUCAAGAAGCCUUUAUGUCACUUGGUCAGUCAGGUCAUUCAUGGAGUCAGUGUAAAGAUUCCUGCAAUGCAGGAAUGAGGCGCGUCCUAAUGAAUCCUGGGAAGUCAUUUGAACUCUGGAAAUUCUGUACAGAGGUUGAGGAAAUUCAGUGGUUACCAGUAGAUGGUGCUGUGUAAAUAUAACUACAGUCAGCUACUCCACCCUGGUAAAUCAGUAUUAUGCAUUUGACAGUGCUUUUUCAUCAGUCAUGAUGCCAAAAAAUACCCUCAUUAUGUAUUUAUUGAAGCACAUUUGCUUUCAGUUGUCAUUGUUUUUCUUUCUCUGUGUAAGAACUGAACAUUUGCAAUAAAAUUCUUGAUCUGA